AUGCAGAAGUUAUCCUAUUUGGAUGGUAUGCACAGUUGUCUUAUGCAAGGGAUGUAUGUGGGUCAAAUGCUCAAUAUGGGGGGUAAAGGUACCACAUUCAAUAACUGUGAGUUCCACAUUGUUGAUGUGACUACCAAUGGAGGCUCACUCGGAAGAUCUAAGGGUGUCCCAACAGCUAUGAAGGCAGUUGUGGUUCGUGCUACAAGGUACAUAUUCCCUGGUGAAGAGCUUUAUGUUUCGUAUGGUGCCUCCUUUUGGAACAAGCAGGGUGUAGUAUGUCUGGAGCCCCCACCGGUGGAUCUCACAACUCGUUGGAGGCCUCUCAUCUCAGCAAGAGUGACGGAUCGUGAAGCAUGCAAAUCGACGGGCGGCUAUGGCUCGGAUCUGGAAGACUCUAGCCAUACUCUUGACGAUCCAAUCCAUAAGCUACCUCUUGAUGAGAUAAAGAUUGAUACUGAUCAAUUGCUCAAUCCUACUCCGGAGUCAGAAGAGUUCGUCUGCAAGAUCUGCCAUACCUACAUUGUUGGCUGCCAUCCCAAGAUCACAAAGUGCUCACAUAUGUUCUGUGGGGAUUGUCUUGAAGAAUGGAGCCAAAUUCAACCUACCUUCCGAAGUUGGGUCCAAGUGGCCAGGACUGCCGGCCAAGCACGAAAUGUUCCGUGCCCGGUCUGCAAGACUCCCCUCAAUGAUAAGAAGGAGAUAUUUUCUAUCAACCCACCAGAUCCCCAGCGACCAGAGUGUCAGUCUAUAUGGAAGAUGCUCUCUAGUUUGAAAAUAAAGUGCCAUUAUGACCCAGACUUUGAUCCCACUGGUAGUUGUCACUGGACAGGAACCUAUUCUACAUAUCAAGCACAUGCUAAAGAAUGCAGAGCGUGUAAGUCAGGAGUCGUGAUAGCUCCCAACACCACCCAACCCGGCUUCCAUACUCAGACUGAUAAAGCCGGCAGUGACGAGGAGUCGGAACACGAAGGGCAGUGCCAAACAGCCAAGAUCCAUACUGUUAUGAUACCGUUCGAAGGGGCUAAGGCCAAUAGUCAGGAACUAGGAGGCCAUGUCAUAUCCGUGGGGGUCCAUGAUCAAGUUUCAGUUGACGACAAGAGCGAGAAUGGUCUGUGGGUUCACGGGACCAACAUAACCCGUUCGAGCUCCGAAGGGUGGUUUCCUGCGUAUUGCCUCAAGCGGUUGGAUGAAUACGUCGAGUCUGAAGGUCUCGUGCCUUCGGGAGCUCAGCCUAUAGCCAAUGCUGAUAGAGAAGUUCAAGGUUCUGCUGCCGCUGAAGCUGCUGCUAAGAUGCCAACAGUGUUGGCCGAGAGAGCAUCCAUCAUACGUGAUUUCGAUCCUCACACGAUCAUGAUCGGAAGCGAUAGUCUAGAUCAAUUCCUACCGGUAUCAGAAGGCGAGGUCGUAGUAGUGUGGCAGCGUAGAGCCCGUGCUGGAUGGAAUCUGUGUGUAUCUGGUGAUGGUUCUAGAUUGGGUUGGGUCCCCGAUAACAGAUGCAAAACUAUUCGGGAAGGUAUGGGAUACGCUGUGACCGAAGCUGGUGUGGUAACAUCACCCAGUGCUCGACAAAGUCGCCCCAGUUCUGCUCAUGCCGGAGGUGGCAAGAUGCAACAUAACGCCCCUAGCAUCGCUUCGACCUACAUUGCCCGGAGGGCCUACGAUUCUAAUGACAGGCCGAACGAGCUAUCCAUUAUGAUUGGCGAUAUAAUAUCGAUCAGGGGAGGGAUAUCUCAUCAAACAAUCAAUGGAUGGACUUUGGGUACUGUUGUGGGCCAGGGUGGGAAGAAAGAAGGAUGGUUCCCUAGAUGGGUAUUGAAGGAUCAAACCAAGACAGCCCCUACAGUGAAUAAGAAGGCCCAAUGCGCUAUGUGUGGUACCACAUGCUCAGCUGUUAAUACAGUCCUGUAUGGAUCCGGUAGCCAAGAUAGCAGCAUAAGGCAGCAGCAUUCUAGACCAGCUCCUAAGCAAACGACGAAGAUGGAUGAGUUUUGCAGCCGGAAGUGUUGGGAUAGAUAUGUCGAUGCCAAGCUGAAGGCAUGAGUAGUACACAUUGUGCUACAUGAAGUUGUCAUUGGUUGUUGUAUACGAUAUCAUCACUCACGACAACAUUCUGGCCAGGAAUAAGUCGCAAUCGUUAUCGUAUCUAUGGUAGCUCUGACAUCGUCAA